AUGGAGAGCCAAAUUCUAGUGCAAGAGCCCCUGACAAGCCUUCUCAAGGCUACUUGUUCAGCCACUGCUUUGGUGCCUCUUUGCAACUCAGAUUGCUUCCCUAAACAAGCGGAUAUGAGAAUGAGCGAAUCAGCUGAUCCACCUUUCGAGAUAGCCUACAAGCAUCUACUGGAGAAGGCGCCCAAAAAUGUGCAAAAAAGUUUAUCGACUGUGGAGGAGUGCGAGCUUCCCUUAAUCGAUAUGCAGCAAUUAGGCGUGGGAGAGGCGGAGAGACAGGAAUGCAAGAGGCUCAUUGCUCGAGCUUCCCAGGAAUGGGGUUUCUUCCAGGUCAUCAACCACGGAGCUUCUCGCGACGUGCUGGAGAAUAUGAGAAGCGAGCAAGUGAAGCUGAUGAGAAAGCCGUUCCAAGAGAAGAAAGCCUACAAAGAUCUAAAAUUAUCCGAUGGAACUUAUCGAUGGGGCACGCCUUUGCCUACUUCUCUCAAGCAGCUCUCCUGGUCCGAGGCCUUUCAUGUCCGGUUGAGCGAUAUACUGGAUUCGCACUGCUCCCACAACACUAUCCGCCUCAGGUCAAGCAUGGAGGAAUUUGUGUUUGCGAUUUGUGAAGUGGCGAGAGAGUUGGCGGAGGUACUGGCGGAGGAAAUGGGACGUGAGACGGAUCUUUUCCGAGAAGCGUGCCUCCCGGAGAGCUGCUACCUCCGGUUGAACAGAUACCCGCCUUGCCCAAACUACAGUCACAUGAUGGGCUUGAUGCCGCACACCGACACUUCCUUCCUCACUGUACUACACCAAGACAACGUCGGAGGGCUGCAGCUCGUUAAAGACGGAAAAUGGAUUGCCGUUAGACCCAAUCCAGAUGCCCUCAUCAUUAACAUCGGGGAUCUGUUUCAGGCAUGGAGCAACAACUUGUACAAGAGCGUGGAGCAUCGCGUAGUAGCGAAUCCGGUGAAGGAGAGAUUCUCCACGGCUUAUUUCUUAUGUCCGCCAACCGAGACGGUUAUUGAGAGUGGCGGAGUUGGAGGAGCUGCUUACCGGACUUUUAGCUUCGGAGAAUACAAGAAGCAGAUCGAGUUGGAUGUUAAGAACGUUGGCCAGAAAAUAGGGCUUCCGAGGUUCCUCUUACCCACUCAUUAAUUACAGAUUAUGCAUAUAUAAUUAGUAAUAAACAUAUAUGCGGCUGAUCAUUAAAUAGUUAAUUAGAUUAAUUAACAAAAUAUCGGAUAUUAAGGUUUGUUGAACCUCUAAAUGAGGGUUCGGGCCAUUCGUUUUGGAUGUAGUGACUGUGAUAUAUCUAUUUAAACCAAGUACAGGUACUUAAUUAUAUACUAA